AUGGAUGCAAUUGUGGACACCUUCGCAUUUUUAGGAAAAUGUCUAUAUUAUUUCUUAGAGUCUGCAAUGUACAAAAUAAUUCCAAAGAAGAAAAAGGAUGUUGCUGGAGAAAUUGUACUUAUAACAGGAGCUGGAAGUGGAAUAGGGAGGCUAAUGGCCAUACAUUUUGCCAGCCUUGGAGCCAUUUUAGUUCUAUGGGACAUUAAUGAAGAAGGCAAUAUGGAAACAUGCAGACUUGCCAAAGAAAAGGGUGAUGGGCAAGUAUUUGUCUAUACCUGUGACUGUGGCAACAAGCAAGAGGUGUACAGAGUUGCUGACCAGGUAAAAAGAGAAGUCGGUGAUGUGACCAUCCUCAUUAACAAUGCUGGCAUGGUGACAGGAAAGGAGUUCCUUGAUACUCCAGACUACAUGGUAGAAAAGUCAUUUCUUGUCAAUGUCUUGUCUCAUGUCUGGACUUACAAGGCCUUCCUUCCUGCCAUGCUAAAAGCUAACCAUGGUCAUUUGGUCUGUAUUUCAAGUGCAGCAGGGAAAUUUGGUACCAGUGGUCUAGUAGGUGAGUACUUCACCCUGUGCCCUUAUUAUUCUGCAAGCAAAUUUGCAGCUUACGGAUUGGCAGAGUCUCUCUACUAUGAAUUAACAUUGACAAAGAAAACUAACAUUAAAACCACCAUUGUAUGCCCAUUCUUCAUUAAAACUGGAAUGUUUGAGGGCUGUUCAACCAAGUAUUCAUUUCUGUUGCCUCUACUGGAUCAGAAUUACGCGGCCCAAUCUAUUGUAAAUGCCAUUUUGAAGGAUGAAGUUUUCUUAGUAAUGCCAAAAUUUAUUAUUUUUCUAUUGAUCAUUAAAGAAAUGCUGACUCCAAAAAUGUGUCUUGCCUUUGGUAAAUACCUUGGAAUGGACAUUUUUAUGACUAAUUUCAAAGGGAAAAAUCUAGAAAGCAAAAGAAGAUCAAACUGA